UUUACAGACGCUAGGACACAUUUCUCAAUACUUUGGUCACUUUUGCAAAACUCUUCACACAGUGAGCACAACAGAAGUCUAUGUGGGCUAAACUGAGGAUCAAUUAUCAUUGUUUUGGCACAAAAUGCAUUCAAUGACUACAUCUCUCAAAUUUCAUGAAUUCUUUUCUCACUCAGACACAACAACUGCCAAAAAUCUUUGUAGGUACAGGACAUUUUGCACGUGCUUACAUACUGUUUUCAAAACUGUUAAACUUGUGUUCAAAACAAUAACAUAAUGCAAAACUGAAUAAGACAGCAAAAUUCAACAGCAAUAUUUUAUUGAAACAUAUUUUAAAUCUUAAAAUGCAGUUUAACCAGCCACAGCUGAUUCUCAUUGUAGAUUAACAUCUACACAGGUGUUACUCUUUCAAUUUCAUUACAAAAGGAGACAACUGCUGAAUAGGUUUGUAUUGUGAUGUAAACAUGGACCCAGCCAGAAAUAGAGAAGUGGCUGAAAGAGGAAGAAGAGUGGCUGGGAGGGGGCGAGGAAUACGUAUGCGUGGUGGAAGAAGAAUAAGAGGAAGAUCAAGAGCUGUAGUCUCAGAUGAGAUCAGAGCUACUGUAAUUGAUCAUGUAGUAAAUCAUGGUCUCUCAAUGAGAGAGGCUGGUCAGAGAGUGCAGCCAAAUCUGCAACGCUCUACAGUGGCAUCUAUUGUUAGAGUUUUCCGGCAAACCAACAGGACUCAACGGUUACCUCACACAGGAGGGAGAGGAAGCAUGUUCACUGAUGUGCAGGAAACUGCCAUUGUUGAUAUGGUCAUCAGAAACAAUGGGAUAAAACUCACUCAGAUUAGACACAGAGUCUUGGCAGACAAUGUUACUUUUGCAAAUAUUCACAGUGUAAGCAUAACAACAAUUUCUAGAGUCCUUAAAAAACAUCAGGUCAGGAUGAAACAGUUGUACACUGUGCCUUUUGAGAGGAACUCUGAACAUGUCAAGCAACUCAGGAACCGAUAUGUCCAGAGAGUCAUGGAGAUUGAAGGCAGGCAAACACACCACAUUUUCAUCUUUGUUGAUGAGGCAGGUUUCAACUUGGCCAAAACACGGCGACGAGGGAGGAAUGUGAUUGGGAAGAGAGCCACAGUGAAUGUCCCGGGCCAGAGGGGUGCCAACAUCACAAUGUGCGCAGCAAUAUCCACUGAUGGACUGCUGUUACACAGACCACUAAUUGGGCCAUACAACACUGAACGGCUCCUUGCGUUCCUGCAUGAUCUCUAUGGAAGGGUUGUGCUAGGUGAGGAAAGGGAUGCGGAGAGAAGGAAUCAGCCAACAUUUAUAAUUGUAUGGGACAAUGUGGCAUUUCACCACUCCCAUGCAGUCACCGAGUGGUUUGCGGCCCAUCCCAGAAUGGAGUCACUUUUCCUCCCACCUUACUCUCCAUUCCUCAACCCUAUAGAGGAAUUCUUUUCCUCAUGGCGGUGGAAGGUUUACGACCAUCAUCCACAUGAUCAAAUGUCCCUCCUGGAUGCAAUGAAUGCUGGAUGCCUGGACAUAUCAGCAGAAGAUUGCCAGGGAUGGAUCAGGCAUGCCAGAAGAUUCUUUCCUAGGUGUAUUGCCCUAGAUGACAUAAGAUGUGAUGUGGAUGAGAACCUGUGGCCAAAUGGAGAAGACCGAGUAGAUUAGCAUUACUAUUGUAUCUGUAUCAGUGCGUGGUGUGUAUACAAAUUCUUGUAUUUUGGAAUUUACUUAGUGCAAAAAAAUAAAUAAAUAAAUAAACAACAUAAAAUAUUGACGAAUUCUGCAUCAUGUCUGAUUCAUUCCAGUAACAUAUAUUGCAGUUAUAAACAAUAUAUAUUGCAAUUAUAAACAGAGAUGUGUCCUUGUUUUACACAAGAAAACACUGUGUCAUGCUACAUGUUGUUAGUGUUUUUUAGGUCAUUGUUUUGUGGGUGACAAAGUGUGUUUGUCAGCUGUCAACCUUUGCUAGUGUUCUGGAAGAAUGAGUUUAUUUGAGACCUGAAUAAAGUGUUUUGGUAGUUGUAGUGCAUUUUGAAUGUGAA